AUGGCAGCGUUCAUUGUUACGAUGGAGAAUUAAAAGUCAACUUGUAACUGUUUUCAUUUUGUUUACAAACAAUCAAAUGUUGCGAGGCUGAUUGCAUCGCUGAUUGUACAAAAAACAAAAGGGGAAAAAAUGCCUGUAAAAACGAAGGAAGUAAAGAGAAUAUUAGGACCCAUAGAAGAAAAAAUAAAUAAAUUGCGGGAACUGAUAAGCUGCAGUUCUUACUGCGCGAAUGAUGCAGCACCAACGAAACCUGCUCUUUUUGAACAAUUAAGAUGCUUAGGAGAGAAGUUUGAUGCUCUAUCAAAGGAGGAGAUUAAUGAUUACGAGGAAAUGGAGUCAAGAAUUACUACCAUUCUAGAGGAAUUUUCUUCAUUGGAAUACAUAAAUGAAUCGAUUGAGAGUGUUGAUAAACAAGUAGCAGAACAAACUUUGUCCACUGUACUUGACAAAUUUAAAUCAACACUUGAAGCUCUAGAGAAAUUAGGAUGUUUGCCUCUGAAACAAAGAUUAAUGGAUUGCUUGGAUUAUGUUAGCGAAAUGGGUCAAGCGAAUGAAAUUGAACACUUUCAAAAUAUCAAAGAAUUGGGCACGUCGAUUUUGGAAUUGCUUGGGCCAUUACAGAUAUAUCGUAAGAACUUGGCAUCUUGUUUACUUGCAGAGAAGAUCAUUUUAUAUUUAUCUCAAUUAUGUACAGUAUUCAAACUGUUAGUACAAUUAGUGCAAGAACAACAUCGGUUAAACGUGCCAAUCUAUAAUUGCAAGAAAUAUGUUUGCGAAAGACUGUGUUUUUGCUUAAAAAUGCUAAUGGAGAUACUGGAUAUACCAGAUCCAUUACCCGAGGAUGAAAUAUCCGAGAGAGAAAAUCACUUUGUUUAUCGGAUGGAUUUGGUAUUGGAUAUUUUAUCGGAAAUGCCGAAUAUAUCGAAACAAGAUCAAAUAUCGGAAUGCGAAGAGUUGUGGUGCCGAAUAGAAGACGUAUUCUCGUCCGCGAUGGCGAUCGCCCAAGUCUGCAAACCUUGUAACUUUAAAGCAAUAACUGGAACCUGCCAGUCCAUCAUAUCAGAAUACGAGAAUUUGAAGUUCCAAUUAACCUCCGAAUCUUCUGAUACAGCGUUGAAUAACCUGUUCAUAAACAGUUUAAGCGACGCGCUGUAUCGAUUGGAACGUAAAAUCAAUGUAUCGGUACUGAAUCUUGUGAUGGAGGUCUUUAGCGAUCCUUUUAAUGCAUUAAGAAAACUCGUUACAAUAUGCGGUAAUUCAUUGAACGCCAAGCAGCGGUCCAAGAACGAUUUGACUAAUGCCAUAGAAGAUUUUGAUCAGAUCAUAGACAAAUCGAUGCAGAUUGGAUUGUUUGCUAUUGCUUCUUGCAAAGACAGAAAUCGAAUCAGUCAGAUCCGAAAUAGUUUAGCAAGUCUUGAAUCUUUAGAAACUGAAUUAAUUUCUGCCAUCACUACGUUUUAUCUGCGCCCAGAAAGUAAAGAAAUGCGUGCAAACGUGAAGUUGCUGACCACGCAGUGGCAGUUAGAAGUGAACAAGUUACAAGAUGCCAUAAAUUUGAUCAUGGAUUCAGCGGCAUAUUGUCAGGUAGUUUUAGAUGAUCUUCAAGACCGUGUUUCGAUAAUGUCGAAUUGCCUCGAUAAUAGAGAACCCGUCACUCAAACGCAAGUCCAAACCAUUGUGCUUAGAUCUUUGUCCCUAUCUCGACAGAUUAGCGCCACUAUAAACGACAUUGGAAGCGACACAAUAGAAAGGCAAACGAUUAUGAUGAUUAGAGAGUUAAAGGCUGCAAUAUUUGAGGCUGAUGCCGCAUCAAAAGCUUUGUUGACGGAAAAUGCAACGGAACCUCAACAAUUGCGUGUAAUAAAACGAUGCGAACUAAUAGUGAACGUGGUGAGACGGUUGCACCCUGCUUUAGUUGCUAUUAUGAAUAACACAACGUUAAUGAAUACAAGUUAUGGAAAGAACGGAAAAGGACAGGGUGAUACUAUUCAUGAUAUAAGCAAUAGAUUGGCGUCGACGAUCAAAUCAUUGGACAAUCAUCAACGGAAAUCCUUGACUUACAUAAGAACACCUUAUACAGUGAGCAGUUACAAAUCUCCAUUGUCUAUACAAACUGCAAACAGCGUUUCUAGAACACAAUUAAACUUAUCGUGCCUGAUUCCGUACAUCAAGAAGGGACGCGAAAUGCGCACCGAACGUUCAAUCAUGUAUAAAACUCCGUGUAAGAAUGACCCUGUUGAUCGAUCAACGAUGGACAGGUCGUUGAAAUUGAGAAAUUUGACUACCAUCCGACAACAUCUUUUCAGCAGAGACAGUAUUAGUUUGCACGAUGAUAUUUAUUUGUCCGAAGAAAGCCUGAAUCUGACAGAUGUUUUAGAGAAAUUCAUAAGUUCUUGUACGACUUUGAGCACAAUCGAGUCGAAGUCUCAUCGCGUUGACGAGACACAACGCGACACAGCAGCCAGUACAUCGGAUCAAAAGUCAGUUACAAAUUUGACUGAGUCGUUGGUAGAAUGCAUCGGAUCCCAAUCCGGGAUAAUUACUCGUAAAGUGAACGAAUGUUCUUCGAUCGGCGGUGGAGACGGCCCGUCGAUCGUCGAUCAAUCGAAACCGUAUACCGAUGCUCAGAGGUUAAACGAUAGCGUCAAGAUAACACAGAAACGACUGUUUGGAGAUUAAAUGUACAACGCCAAAAAAUUAUAUCAGUGAAAAUAUGUUCUUUGAGGACGUUGUGAUGUCCUGGAUUAUACAUGUACAAGUUUCUGUUACUUAUGGACACGGUGCCUUAAUGUCGUUCCUAAUAAAUACAAAAUUUUAUACUUA